UUGACGUCGUGUGACGCUGAGCAAGCAGCAGCAGCCGCUCGUCGGUUGGUCAGGUGUGAAUCGCUCCAACCUUCUCGGCGGAGUGGACGACGGUCGCGGCGGUUCACACGAUCGUCUCGCACUCGGCCGGCCGAAUCGUCGCGGUCAGAUAAGAUAUGCGCCGAGGACGUGGUGUCGCGACGUUGCAACGCGCGAGGCGGCGAUUAAUCCGCAUCAGUUAACCGCCUGUCAGUCGCCGUCGCGGCGAAAUCGCGCGCGCGGAUACCGGAGGAGGCGGAGGGACGCGCGCGGUGCUCGUUCCUUACCUCGUUCUUCUCCCGAGCGGGUAGAUAGUGCGACGGGCGAGGAGGAGAGAUCGGGGAUAUAGCGAGAGAGGAACGCGCUCCGACUCUCGUGUCAACAUGAGGCUGGAGGAGAUGCCGUUGCGACUCAACUCCGACGAGCGGGACUUUGAAAUGGACGACGAGGAGACCGACUACCUGCUGCAGCCGUCCGAGGACAGCAUCAGGCUCCUGACGUCGAGGCGACGGCGCAUUAGCGAUUGCUCCAAGUACCUGAGGAACUGCCUCUGCGGAUGUUGUACUUGGAUGUGGAGAAGAUGCUGCAGAGAGCGCGAGUUAAGAGCCAGAGUUAUUCACAUUGGACAGCCUAUGCAUGAAAAGUUUCCCACCAAUGUUAUAAGAAAUCAAAAAUACAAUGUUGUUACUUUCUUGCCUUUGGUCCUCUUUCAGCAGUUUAAAUUCUUCUUGAAUUUAUACUUUCUGCUCAUGGCUAUAUCCCAAUUUAUACCAGACAUAAGAAUAGGGUAUUUGUACACAUACUGGGGACCAUUGUGCUUUGUUUUAACCGUAACGAUUUUCCGCGAAGCUAUCGAUGAUUUUAGAAGAUAUAAGAGAGACAAAGAAGUCAAUGCACAAAAGUACUAUAGGCUAGUGAAGGGUUUUGAUACGCCAGAAUUAGUACCAAGUUCGAAAUUACGAGUUGGCGAUUUGGUAAUAGUCGAGAAGGGUCAAAGGGUGCCUGCCGAUCUGGUGCUGUUACGCACAACCGAGAAGUCAGGCGCAUGUUUCGUGCGCACUGAUCAGUUGGACGGCGAGACGGAUUGGAAAUUGAGAUUAGCAGUGCCUGCGACGCAAAAAUUGGAAAGCGACUCCCAAUUGUUCGAUAUCAAGGCGAGCUUGUACGUCGAGAAGCCUCAGAAGGACAUUCACAGCUUCAUUGGCACCUUCUCCAGGUAUGAUGGAUAUAGCAGCGAAGAGAGCUUGGGUGUGGACAAUACUCUGUGGGCCAACACAGCUGUGGCAUCAGGAUCUGCUCUCGGUAUUGUUGUUUACACCGGUCAGGAGACGCGGUCGUUGAUGAAUCAUUCUGCAAUUAGAUCAAAAGUCGGUUUGCUCGAUCAAGAGAUCAAUCAACUGACGAAGGUGCUGUUUUGUGCAGUAAUAGGACUCGCUCUGGUAAUGAUGUGUUUGAAGGGAUUCAGCGGCCCAUGGUACCGUUACAUGUUCCGUUUCGUCCUGCUAUUUUCGUACAUCAUACCUAUCAGCUUGAGAGUGAACUUGGACAUGGGUAAGGCGUUCUACGCUUGGUGCAUUCAGAGAGACAAAGAUAUCGUCGGUACGGUCGUGAGGACAACCACUAUCCCGGAAGAGCUCGGACGUAUAUCGUACCUGUUGAGCGAUAAAACCGGCACCUUGACGCAGAAUAAGAUGGUGUUCAAGAAGCUCCAUCUGGGCACUAUAUCUUAUGGCCAGGAGACGUUUGACGAGGUAACGACGGUGUUGAAAUCUUACUACUCGAUCAGCUCGGAUAAUUCCCCGGUGAAAGCGGCACCAAGUGCGCAUAGUGGCAAAGUACGGAGAUCUGAGAACACCCGGAUUUACGACGCCGUGCACGCUUUAGCUCUAUGCCACAAUGUAACCCCGGUUUAUGACGACGUAACAAGAACUACGAAUCUGGAUACGAUGAGCGUACAGACGGGAGAGACCGGAGACACGGGUUCCAUCCAGAGUCAAACCGAGGCUGAUCAGCAUUAUUACUUGCCGGAACAGAAGCGUAAUUACCAGGCCUCGAGUCCGGACGAGGUGGCUCUGGUGAAGUGGACGGAAGAAAUGGGAUUGGCUCUGGUCAAGCGAGACUUGAAUUCGAUGCAACUGAAAGCUUUGAAUGGUCAAAUAUUGAAUUACACUAUACUACAGAUAUUCCCCUUUACGUCGGAGACCAAGCGAAUGGGAAUAAUCGUAAAGGAAGAGUCCAGCUCGGAAAUCGUGUUUUACUUGAAGGGUGCUGACGUCGUGAUGUCUGGUAUUGUACAGUAUAAUGAUUGGUUGGAGGAGGUAUGCGGUAAUAUGGCGCGUGAAGGUCUUAGGACAUUGGUUGUGGCCAAGAAGAAUCUGACCGAAGACCAAUACCUUGAUUUCGAGGCGAGAUACAACGCGGCGAGAAUGAGCGUUAGUGACCGUGUGUCGAGGGUCGCCGCGGUGGUUGAAAGCCUCGAGAGAGAAAUGGAGCUGUUAUGUGUGACCGGUGUCGAGGACAGACUGCAAGAUAGAGUGAGGCCUACGUUGGAGCUUUUGAGGAACGCCGGCAUAAAGAUAUGGAUGUUGACCGGCGACAAGCUGGAGACCGCCACGUGUAUAGCGAAAUCCUCACGGCUGGUCUCACGCACUCAAGGACUACACGUUUUCAAGUCCGUUGUGACGCGCACUGACGCCCACUUGGAACUGAAUACAUUCCGCAAGAAGCAAGAUUGUGCCUUAGUUAUCAGCGGUGAUUCCCUGGAGGUGUGCUUGCAGUAUUAUGAACAGGAAUUCCUGGAACUUGCUUGCGGCUCACCAGCCGUCGUCUGUUGCCGAUGCUCUCCCACGCAGAAGGCCGAGGUUGUUAGUCUCAUACAAAGACACACCGGGAAGAGAACAGCGGCCGUUGGCGAUGGUGGCAACGAUGUCUCGAUGAUACAAGCUGCGGACGCUGGAAUUGGUCUGGAGGGUCUUGAGGGAAGGCAAGCAUCACUAGCCGCGGAUUUCUCAAUUUCUCAGUUUAGUCACCUUGCUAAUUUGUUGCUAGUCCAUGGUAGAAGAAGUUAUAAACGGUCGGCCGCAUUAAGCCAGUUCGUCAUACAUCGUGGCCUGAUAAUUUCAACUAUGCAGGCAGUGUUCUCUGCGGUCUUUUAUUUGUCUUCAGUUGCCUUAUACCAGGGUUUCCUUAUGGUAGGGUAUGCUACAAUAUACACAAUGUUUCCCGUCUUUUCGUUGGUACUGGAUAAAGAUGUAUCAGGAAAAAUAGCGCUUACAUACCCAGAACUCUAUAAAGAGUUAAGCAAGGGUCGUUCAUUGUCAUAUAAAACGUUUUUUAUGUGGGUUUUAAUAAGCAUAUAUCAAGGAGGGGUAAUAAUGUAUGGUGCACUUAUAAUGUUCGAGGACGAAUUCAUUCAUAUAGUGGCCAUUAGUUUUUCGGCGCUUGUUUUAACGGAGUUAAUAAUGGUUGCUUUAACGAUUAGAACUUGGCAUCAUAUAAUGAUGCUCGCGGAAAUCUUCUCUUUGGCGCUUUAUUUACUGUCGUUGGUUGUUCUCAAAGAUUACUUCGAUGCUGAAUUUAUCAAAACAACGGACUUCUUGUGGAAAGUAUUGGUGAUAACGUUAGUCUCGUGCAUGCCACUGUAUAUCUUGAAGUUCUUGAGGAAGAAGUUCUCACCUCCUAGUUACACAAAAUUAUCCUAA